AUGAGCCACAAGGACGACGACGAGGUGGGUGUCCUCAUUGAGAGCCAUGGCAACGGAUUCCGGGAGCCGGCGACGGACGACGACGAGGUGGGUGUCCUCAUUGAGAGCCAUGGCAACGGAUUCCGGGAGCCGGCGACGGACGACGAGGAUGGUGGCACCGAUCAGGAGUCCUUCUUUCAAUGCAUCGACUGCGUGGAGCCCUCCGGCGGUGCCUACCCGGACUUCCCCUCCGACGACGGCGAGGAGGAUGGCCUCAGCGACACUGCCCGUGCCUCCUUUGCCACCGCCGUCGGUGACCGGCUCCGCGAGGAGCAGGCGGAGCUGGACGAGUAUGAGGAGGACGAGGAGGAGGACAUGUCGGCGUACGACUACGGCAUGUGGAUGGAGGCGGACGAGCCCGUGCCCAUCAAGGAGCGUCGCCGCCGACUGCUCCACGGGAUGGGCCUCAACAGCAGCAGAGACCUCUUCCGCAGCCGCAACGCCAGGACGAGGAAUGCUUCCAGGCGCCCGCCGCGGCGGGGGUUCGCGCCGAGCUCCGCGCCGUCUGCGGCUGCCACGCCUCCCGAGAUCAUGAGACGGCUGCCCAGCUCCUUCCUUAAACGUUGCCGCUCGGAUAGCCGCCUCGCCGCCCGAGCAGGCGCCGCGAGGAAGCUGGCGGCGUUACGCCGCGUGCAUUCGGCACCGCACUCUCUGCAAGGCUCGCCCGUGCACAGGGCUCUCCGAUCAGACGCUCGCUGUCCGUUGCCAUCGGUGCCGUCCAAGGACGGAGGAGGAGAAAAUAGAGACUGCAACCUGGAUGACGGCAAAGGGUUCGUCGUGAACGGCAGUCAGUCCACGGACGGCGCGCGGGGCGCGGCCCGCGGUGCCCAGGGCUUCGCCGGGUACACCCCGCUGGUGAAACAGCUCAUGCGGCGAAGCCAGAGCCAGACUGUGCCGGCGGGGGCGGGGAACAAGGACGGCGGGAAGCCGACGAAGAAGAAACCACGGUGGCUGAAGAACAUGAAGCUGGUCGCCACAGUCGCCGGCCUUAUCCAUGAGAAGGAUAAGGACAGGGACAGGUCGUCGGCGCUGCCGUCCGCGAUGACUAUGUCCAGGCCCAAGUUAGACCGAGCCUCGACGGCGGGGGACAGCGCCUCAACGUCGUCGUCGUCGUCCACCGAGCGGCUCAAGGUGCACCACUCCGGCAAGUCGAGCAAGGACCUGACGGGGCUGUACAUGCGGCAGGAGGUGCGCGCGCACGAGGGGUCGAUCUGGAGCAUCAAGUUCAGCGCCGACGCCCAGUUCCUCGCAAGCGGCGGGGAGGACCGCGUGGUGCGCGUCUGGCAGGUCGUGGACGCCUCUUCCUCUUCCAUCCUGGCACCGGAUCUCUCGACCGGCAAGCUUCUUCCCCCACUGGCUCCCGCUGAUGGUGGGUCCUUGGCGGCGGCACCGGGGCUGGCAGCGCAGCUGUCGAAGAAGGUCCGGCGCGGGAAGAGCAGCAAGCACGUGCUCCCGGAGCACGUGGUGCUGCCGGAAACCGUGUUCGCGCUGGCGGAGCAGCCGGUGUGCGUCUUCAAGGGCCACGAGGACGACGUGCUGGACCUGUCGUGGUCCAAGCAGUCGUCGAGGCUGCUGUCGUCGUCCAUGGACAAGACGGUGCGGCUGUGGGACGUGGAGAGCAAGGCGUGCCUCAAGGUGUUCGCGCACAGCGACUACGUGACGUGCAUCCAGUUCAACCCGGCGGACGAAGGCCACUUCAUCAGCGGCUCGCUGGACUGCAAGGUGCGCAUCUGGAGCGUCGAGGAGCGGCAAGUCGUCGAUUGGAGCGACCUCAACGACAUGGUCACCGCCGCCAGCUACACCCCCGACGGCCAGGCGCAGAUCGACAUGAGCAUAUCCAAGAAGCGCAAGUCGCAGGCCAAGAAGAUCACCGGAUUCCAGUUUGCGCCGGGGAACCCGUCGGAGAUCCUGGUGACGUCGGCGGACUCGCAGAUACGGGUGUUCAACGGCAUCACCGUCCUCCAGAAGUUCAAAGGGUUCAAGAACACCAGCAGCCAGCUCUCGGCGUCCUACUCCGGCGACGGCCGCUACGUGGUCUGCGCCAGCGAGGACUCGCACGUGUACGUCUGGAGGCGCGCCGCGGGCGGCAUGGGUUCCGGUGCAGGAGGAGGCAUCGGCGUCAAGGCCAAGACGUGGCUCACCAGCCGCUCCUACGAGUACUUCUUCUGCAGGGAUGUGUCCGCCGCGGUAACGUGGCCCGGGUCACCCCCGCCGCCGUUCCCGCGCGCGGGGAACGAGCGCGCGUCGUCGUCGAGCGUCCAUGGCGGCGAGGGCAGGAGAUCGGACGACGUGCCGGUGCCGUUGCCGCCGCGUCCCAAGUCCGGGCCGAUGUCGUUCCCCGGCUCGCAGGCGGAGAUGCUGCGCAGGGGCCCGUCGUCGCGGGAGGCCGGCUGCAACGCGUGGGGCAUGGUGGUGGUCACCGCGAGCCUGGGCGGGGAGAUGAGGGUGUACCAGAACUUCGGGAUGCCGCUGGGGAUCAAAGGGCAGAAGUGAUGGAUCUUGAUUUGAAAUUGGAUUCAAACUUCGAAGGGAGGGAGUGGGUCUUGAUCUUUGCGGCAGGAGCAUGGAUGCAGCAGCUUUACAAACGAUCGAACACGUACGGCGCACACAAUCGGUCGACGAAAAAAUGUGCUUGUUUGAUGGGAUCGGCCGCUUGGCUUUCCCGGUGUUUUUGGGUAGGAGGGACAAGCUUCAAGUGUAGGGAGGAAAGAAGAACAAUGUACAAUGUAGUGAGAAACAAAUGUAAACGACAUUACGAUUGUACUGUAUUUAAGUAGAUUGAAAUGUAAAAAUAGUUCU